AUGGCAAUGGCUCGGGUUGCCGAGUGCGAGGUAUGCAAUGAGAAGGUGCCCCUGCCGGCUCGAUUUGAAGCUCCCUGCAGUGUGUCCUGCGGAAGGAUUUGCCACUUGGACUGCACCCGGGCAUACUUGCAGACCCAGAACGUCGCAUCCUUCGAGGACGGCGCCACCCGGUUGAUUGAUUGUCCUUGUGGCAAGGGUGUCUACGCUCCCUCCUGCGCUGUAUGUGGGUUGAGCUUGCUGCCACCAACUCCAGUGCUGCCGACCUGUCCACCGCCAUGUGGACGAGUCCUGGCGCACAAAUCAUGCAUUGCCACUGCUCGCAUAUUUGGUGCACAAAGAGACUGCCAACUAUGCAGGAAGCCGUGGAUGCUGUGA